AUGGCGAUGCUCUCCCAUCUUCCUGGACAAUCGAAGUAUGCUCGACACAAAAGAGAGAAACAAGGCUCGCCCAAACUCCUGUUCGUUGCUUUCGAUGGCACAUGGCAUGGUAGCGUCAAAAGCUCAAAAGAGACCGUGGUAUCCAGCCUGCCAGAUCUCAUUUCCAAGGGCGAGGAAGUUCGAAAGAUUCGUGUCAAUGGAGUAGGGACUGAUAACUUAACAGACAAGAUUCUCGGGGGUCUUGGUGGUUGGGGCACACGUCGAAACGUCAUAACCGCCUAUAGGAAUAUUGCGGAUGACUACAACAAGGGUGACAGGAUCAUCUUUUGUGGCUACUCUCGAGGCGCAUGGGCUGCUCGAUAUCUAGCAAUGAUCAUCGAAUGUCUAGGUCUGGUUCGUGACGGAGACACGGAGUUUUUCAAGCGUUUGUAUGACGCGUGCAAGAAGGAUCCAUACCUUACCAAGGCUAACAAGGACGAUCUACGCCGCAAUUAUAAAUAUGUGAAGUAUGCUUUUCACGCUCUGGCUUUGCACGAAACAAGAAGUCCUUAUAGUCCAACUUACAUGUGUGGACACAACGUCCAUCAGGUUUUCUUUCUAGGCGAUCACGGUAACAUGGGUAAGCUUGGGCAGCAAGAAGGCCUUGUGCACGCUCCUCUCGCGUGGAUGGUGCAACAACUCUCUUCCCAUCUGGGUAUCACUUUCGAUGAGGAUAAACUCAAAAAGCGCUUCCCAAGCUGUACUUCUGAAGGGCAAACUGAAAUGAUGUCUCGACAAGGAACUCAUGACACUACGCAUGAGGUCAUGAUGAAACAUGCCUGGUGCUGUCCUAGUGGUUCUAUUCCCGGAGCUGGGGUCGGCAGACUAGUCAUCAUGGGUAGAAAGGACCGGAACCCAGGAAUGGUUCUCAACUACUGUGACGCCAAGUGCACCGACUCCAGUACAAGCGAAUCAACUCAGCAUGAGGCUGCUUCAGCCCAUGCUCAAGUACACAUCGGCGCUCGUGGACGACAAGAAUGUGGCUUCAGCGAUGCAGUGCCAGGGUAUCUUGGUGUUCAGCCUAUGGAUCCAAAUCAAGUGUUUUACUGGAAGAGAAGAGCGACAGGUGAGCAGGAAGUGGUUUCUGCAGAUAUCAUUCGGGAGGCAAAGGUUGGGCUUUUGGAGGCGAGGCUUUUGGGCCUUCCUGCGGCGGCAGCUAGUCACCCGGAAUGCUGUGGUCUGAACCGCACACAAGAUGGGGAUAUCGAUACUGAGGUUUCAUCUGAGAAUGAAGAAACUUUGGACUCGAGGGUGCGGCAAAGUACUAGGGUCAGGAUCAAGAAGUGGUUUAACAGGAGGCUUGGUGCAAACACUCAAGGCAGCACAGACACACCAGCAUCCAAUGUCUCUGAAUCAUAUCCCGAUGCUCAAGAUUUCCCCUUCUUCUUUGAGGCGAAAUAUUUCUUGAGAGAUUGUAACUACAAGAACUGUGGGCAGUCUUUCGAAACUGGCACGGAACGCAUUAAUCAUGAGAAACACCAGUCCAAAUCCAAAGUCUUCGAUACCGUCGUUGGGGACUUUGACCACUGGCUUGAAUUCGCCGUCGGAGCACGAGCACACGAAGACAAGCAGAAAGACAAAGCAGCUCGCAGUCCCAAUCCCAGCAAAAAUAUCGACUGCAUCACCUGUGAACGAAAGUUCGAAAAAGCAUCCACAAUGAUGAAGCACGUCGAAAACGGCAAAUGUAUCCCCGAGUUAACUGCGAUGGAUAUCUUUGUCCUCGGACAACGAUUAGCUGAGUGA